UGCUGGAGGUGUCGGUGCUGAACACCGAGGGGCCCCUCCAGGAGCUCGUGUUCCCGCAGGAGCUGGGGGGUGACGGCUCCAUCCAGCUCUCGGCCAGCACCCUCAAACAGAACAGCAGGAACGGGGUGGUGAAGGUUGUCUUCAUCCUGUACAACAACCUGGGGCUGUUCCUGCCCACCGAGAACGCGACCGUGCGGCUCGGGGGGGACGGGGGGCCCCGCGCCCCCCAGCUCGUGGUCAACUCCCAGGUCAUCGCCGCCUCCAUCAACAAAGAGUCCAGCAGGGUCUUCCUGCGGGACCCCGUGGUCUUCACCCUGCCCCACCUGGAGACCAAGAACCACUUUGGGGCCAACUGCUCCUUCUGGAACUACUCGGAGCGCUCCAUGGCCGGGCACUGGUCGAGCCAGGGCUGCCGCCUGCUGCGCUCCAACGGCACCCACAGCUCGUGCGCCUGCAGCCACCUGACCAACUUCGCCCUGCUGAUGGCCCGGAGCCAGAGCUUCCCGGGGCGGCUGAACGAGGUGCUGCUGUCGGUGAUCACCUGGGCAGGGAUCCUGGUGGCCCUGCUGUGCCUGGGCCUGUCCAUCUCGGCCUUCUGCUGCCUGCGGGGGCUGCCCUCGGAGCGCACCACCAUCCACAAGAACCUCUGCAUCAGCCUCUUCCUCGCCGAGCUGCUCUUCCUCGUGGGCAUCGACAAGACGCAGUACCAGGUGGCCUGUCCCAUCUUCGCCGUGCUGCUGCACUAUUUCUUCCUGGCGUCGUUCUCGUGGCUGUGCCUGGAGGGGGUUCACCUGUACCUGCUGCUGCUCGAGGUGUUCGACAGCGACCCCGCCCGCCGCAAGUACUACUACGCGGGGGGGUACUUCUUCCCCGCCGUCGUGGUGGCCGUGGCCGCCGCCGUGGACCACCGCAGCUACGGCACCGACCAGGCGUGCUGGCUGCGGGUGGACAAUUAUUUCAUCUGGAGCUUCAUCGGGCCUGUGGCCUUCGUCAUCCUCGUGACGCUGGUGUUCCUGCUGGUGACCCUGCACAAGAUGCUGCGCAGCUCGGCCGCCCUCAAACCUGACUCCAGCCGCCUGGACAGCAUCAGGUCGUGGGCGCUGGGGGCCAUCGCGCUGCUGCUGCUGCUGGGGCUCACCUGGGCCUUCGGGCUCCUCUUCGUCACCCGCGAGUCUGUGCUGACGGCGUCGCUGUUCACGGCCUGCAACGCCCUGCAGGGCACCUUCAUCUUCCUCUUCCACUGCGCCCUCCAGAAGAAGGUGCACCGGGAGCUCAGCAAGUGCCUGCGGCACUCGGGGUGUUGCCUCAGGGGCCCCCCCGGCACCUCCCUGGGCGCCCUCAAACCCUCGGCCGCCCGCGCCCACCCCCGGUACUACAGCGGCACCCAGAGCCGGAUCCGGAGGAUGUGGAACGACACGGUCCGGAAACAGACGGAGUCCAGUUUUAUGGGGGGGGACCUGAACAGCACCCCAACCUUGAACCGAGGGUCGCACCUCCUGCCCAACCCGGUGCUGCCGCCGCGGGGGGGGUCCAGCCCCUACAACACCCUCCUGGCCGAGGGGGGGGGCUUCACCCCCGCCUCCCCCCCUGCCUUCACUGCCCCAGAGGGGGACAGCCCCGAGACCUUCGGGGGGCCCGAGGGGGGCGCGGGGGGCGCCGAGCCCGACGGGCAGAUGCAGCUCGUGACCAGCCUGACCCCCACCCUGCGUGAGGAGGCAGCACCGAGCAACGAGCAGGCCUGGCACGAGGACAUGGCCGCCGCCAGAGGGGACAGCCCGUCCCCGGGCCCGGCCUUGCACGAGGAGCCGCGGUGGCACCGGGCCGCGGUGUCACACCAGGAGCCGCGGUGGCACCGGGCCGCGGUGUCACACGAAGACCUGGCUUUGCACAAGGGCCUUGCACAAGGAUCUGGCGCCACACAUGUAAAUGGACCCCCCUACCUGGGGGGGCCCCCCCGCGCACCCCCCCCCAACCGCCGGCACAGCCCCGAGACCUUCGGGGGGCCCGAGGGGGGCGCGGGGGGCGCCGAGCCCGACGGGCAGAUGCAGCUCGUGACCAGCCUGUGA